AUGCUGCAUUACGGGCUAUUGAGCAGUGUCUGCGCUGGGGCGCCACAGGAUAUGGGAAUGACUCUUGUAGUCAUUUUCGGCACUUUCCUUGCUAGCUUUUUCACUUGGAAGGAGCUUACAGCAUUCUACAAUACUAAGCUCCACCCUCUGUGCAAAUUUCCAGGUCCGGCUGCAGCGGCUCGAUCAGAGACUUGGUUGUACAGAAUGACCAAAAGCGACUUCCAGGAAGAAGAAUUUGAGAAACUUCACAGAGAAUACAAUACCCAGGCCCUUCGCAUCGGACCUAACGAACUCCACAUCAGUGACGUUAACCUGUACAAGGUUAUUUACAAUCAGUCCAGCCCGUUUCCCAAAUACGCUCCAUUCUAUAACGGAUUCAACACGCCACACACUGUAUUUGCUGAAUGUGACCCUGUGCUGCACAAAGAACGCCGACGAAUGCUGAAUCCCCUCUUCUCUCGCGUUGGAUUGUUCAAGUUGGAGCCUAUCAUUCAAGAAAAGAUCAAAAUGCUAGUGGGAAAGAUCCAAUUCCUGGCAGGAAAUGGAACCGUCAACGUUUAUGAUGCUUUUAGGCUAAUGACGACUGAGGUCAUCCUGCAAUUUGCAUUUGGAAGGAACGGGGGCCUUAUUGCUGAGGAUCAGAACGGCUUCAAGUCCUGGUUUCUGAAAGGGUUUGACGCAGCUUCAAAAAGCAUCCCCGACCUGCAGUAUAAACCAUGGCUUCGACACCUUACCAAUAUCAUUCCGCAGGCGAUUGUGUAUAAAUUAAAUCCAGAAAUCGGAAACUUGCUGGAUAUAGCAAAGUUCGCUGAAGACUCUGUGCGUUUUUGGCAGAAGUCUGAUUCUAAACCCGACCACCCAGUGGUGUUCGAGAGAUUAGACACGGUCAACGAUGCUGACCUGGCGACCGAGGCGGUGGAUAUCUUGAUUGCUGGUGCCGACACUACGGCAUCUACGUUGACAACCGGGUUGAUCCAUAUUCUGUCCGACCGUGAGAUUGAGUGCCGAUUGGUGGAGGAAGUUGAUUCACUCCAAGUUAACGGAGAUGGCCAACUUCCCCUUCAAGCUUUAGAAAAGUCGGAAUACUUGAAUGCUACUGUCAAAGAAGCACUUCGAGUUGGCAUGGCCGUUCCGGGUCGGCUUCCUCGUGUUGUACCAAAUUCUCUCACGGAGCCCUUCAGGGUCGAUGGCAAAGUCGUGCCGCCGGGUACAACCGUCUCCAUAUCGACCUAUACCAUGCACACAGAUACUUCAGUUUGGGGCCCGGAUGCCCGCGAGUUUCGACCUGACCGGUGGACCGGUCCUGAGAGCAAAGGCCUGGAUCAAUACCUCUGUACCUUUUCAAAGGGCGCCAGGAUGUGUAUUGGCCAAAAUCUGGCGCCUGCCGAGAUCAUCAUUGCGCUGGCCUAUCUCCUGCGCAACUUCAAGAUGAGCCUGUCAUCGGAAAGUCAUAUUGGAGCGCGGAAAGAUCGGUUUACAUUGCAGUAUGAAGAUCCUGGGCUUCAGGUCACAUUCACGCCGCGUAAUUGA